AUGGUUAAUAUGGCAACAAUAGAUAUGCCAUGGAAAACUUUGGUUCCGUCUAAAAUACAUGUAUUGGGGUGGAGGGCGAUUCGAGAUAGGCUACCUACAAGGGAGAAAUUGGCAAAGAGAGGUAUCCUCACUAAGGAUAUAGACAAAGUUUGUGUGUUCUGUUCUCUUAUGGUAGAGUCAUUGAACCGUCUCAUGGUUGGUUGCCCAUUAUCAAGAGUUGUUUGGCAGAAAGUUGCUAGGUGGGUUGGGAUGUUGCUGGAGAAUUUUUCUGACAUGGUGGACCAUAUGAUAAGUUUCUACAGUGAGAUGGAAGGGAUGGUGGGGAAAAGGAAAAGAAUGUUGGUUUGGUUGGCUACAUGUUAA